CUAUUUUCCUCACAACACCAAGUUGCUCUAGCCCGUUCCGGGUCUAGAAUACUACAGUGCUAGGCCAUUGCCGUUCCCAUACCUGGCAGGACAUGGCAGGGUCACCGCCCUCUGGCUCAGCCCAGACCAGGCAUUGCAGUUCUUCUCACAGAGCCCUUGAUACGAAAACUGUUUGCCAUGUUGCCUUAAGCCAGUGGUUGGAUUUCAGCCUCGAGCUAGCAAAUAGAAAAGGCAGGGAGGUGCUUUUCAGAACCUUUGAGGUCAAACAGUCAGGGAGCACUGUGUUUGCAAGGAGGACCAUGGCCAAUGUAAGGGCGUGGCUCAAGGGACACUGGAGUUUCUGGGGGUAUCUGGGAUCUUUGGGGCAGUGGGGACAGUGCAGAGAACUUUUCACAGAGCCAAGGAGAUAACCCAGCACCCAGAGAGCGGAUGAAUCCAUGGGCUCUGUGUGGGAGUGAUGGGGACCUUCCCGGCUUUCACAUCCGGGUGCACGGGAGCCCCGAUCCCCCAUGAGUCUGUCUCAGAAGUAAAUGGCAAAAGCGCUAAGGAGACAACCCCAGAGGAGGAGGAGAAUUCUGAAUUGUUUAUAGCUCUGUUGUUAUUUUGUUUUGUAACCUCAGAAAACUGGUUUAUCCUUGGGAAGAGUUAGUUUCUUCAUCAGGACAAUGAAGAAAAAUCCAGCCAUCCCUUCCUAGGGGAGGUAUCAUGAGCGGUACCAAGGUAAGCAAGGGGACCUGGUUUGGAAUUCUGGCUGACACCGGCUCUCACUUUAAGAAGUCGCAAGGGUUGGCUACAAGAGAGGAAGCCACAGACUGGACCCUGAGCCUGGUAUACCGCCUUUUCUCUCCUUUGCCUGGCAAACUCCAUGCUCUUCAAGAUUCAUGGCCAGGCACGGUGGCUCAGGCCUGUAAUCCCAGCACUUUGGGAGGCCAAGACGAGCAGAUCACAAGGUUGAGAGAUCAAGACCAUCCAGGCCAACAUGGUGAAACCCCGUUUCUACUAAAAAAUACAAAAAGUAGCUGGGCGUGGUGGCACCCAACUGUAGUCCCAGCUACUUGGGAAGCUGAGGCAGGAGAAUCUCUUGAACCCGGGAGGAGGAGAUUGCAGUGAGCCGGGAUUGUGCCACUGCACUCUAGCCUGGCGACAGAGCAAGACUCUGUCUCAAAAAGAAAAAAAAAACAGAUUCAGCAGAGAUGACACCUUCUCUGGGAAGAUUUCCUGAGUCUCCUGCAGUGAGCUCCCCUGCCUCCCUCCCUAGGCUACCCAGCCCUUGGCUCUUAUCUCUUAUCGCUGAGAAAUCUCAGACCCUCACUUUGGUUAGAAGUCUAUUUUUAAAACGAUCUUUUAAAAUGUGUACAUAGGAACCUUAUCUUAUGAUACUGCAGCUACCUAUUUGCAGGCCUAAGUCCCCCCCACAUCUGUAUCAGUGCUCAGGCUGGGCCUUUGUCUGCAGGCUUGGGGAGGGAGGCAGGACAGGCCAGUGACCACACUCCUGCACUCUGGGCUGCCUCCGGUGGGGCCCUCGAGGGAGCCGCAGCCCUCCCCAUUGCGUGCAGGGCCUGGGCUGUGUGGGUGACUCUCCCGAGUCUCCUCCAGCCCUCUUUUUGGGCCUGAUUCUCUGACCCUUCCCCCUCUCCUUGCUCACCACUUGGCACUUCACUCCUUAUCCUUUUUUUGCAUUAGGUUUAGAAACAGAUUUUGGAGAAAAAUAUAGUCCCUACUGAUGAGUUUUUCCUCCUUUCAGGGCCUGUGCAGGCUUGUGCCAUGCCCACCCUCUUCCUCCCCGAGAGCUGGCGCUGGCCACAUCCUCCCUGCACCUUGUCUGCUUUCCCUGACUCUCCCUGGGCUCCGGGUCUGUGCCCACAGCGUCCUGCCUGGCCCUCGUGCUGCCUCUGGGUGCCCACAUUCCUGCAACCCCGUGACCACAACAGGGGCCAUUACACAUUCCUGGCCUGGCAGCCAAUGGUGUAAAAAAGAACAGAAUGUCCUAGGGCCCUGCCCAGCCCCCAGCCUUACCUGGGCCCCUCCCUGGAUCUGGACAAGGUUGGAGGGGGUCGUGAGGAAUGAGCAGGAAAGAGGAUGGACCAGGUGGAGGCAAAUGCACUCCACCUGAGUGCGCUGCUCCCCCACCUGAGUGAGCGGGGAGGAGACUUACAGAGACCUCUUCUCUGUUCUUUCCAGGGCCUAUGGGUGAGGCUGACCUGUGGGUGCCCUUGGAGCGCUUCCCACUUGCAGAGACUCUAGCUCCUGGAAGCACACUUAGGACUCCCGCUUGCUCUCCUGCUGGAGAGAGGCUCCCUUUGGGGCCGGUUCCUUCUCUUUGCGGCCCCCUCUCCACCUCUACUCACUCAGUGCCCCUCCUCCAUCCCUGUCUCUCCAUCCCUCGCUGUCCGCUGUCCCUCUCUAUUAUCUCCCUUUUUUCUGUCCUCCCGUCCUCCGGGUUCCCCAUCCAGGCCCUCUCAACCUGGCUGGCUCCUUCUCUUUGUGUUGCCCUCCAGGCUGUGGGCUCAGGAUCCUUCUACUUAUUCAGAUCUUUGCCCUUCACCCUCCCUCCUGUCCCCCAGCCUCCUUGCCUAUCAGCUCCGGAUCAAAGCCCCUGCCCAGAGUCCACCUUCUCAGGUCCAGUACUCUGGGUUCACCUGUGCUCUGGACCCCUCCUCCCUUCGGAAAACUCCCGGCUCUGACUCCUACUCGGCCCCUCCCCACGCCCUGCUCACCUUUAAUUGAGAUGCUAAUGAGGCUCCUGUCGCUUCCAUCCCUGGCCAGCCGGCGGGCGGGCUCCCCAGUCAGGCCGUUGCACCUGUCAGGUGAGGGGGAGGAGAGGCUUGGCUGCCAGAUUCAACUGGAAAGGAACCAGUCCCAGUCCAGCCGCAACCUGGGAGUGGGAAGCUGGAAGCAGCCCAGACCUCCCGGAGCCCUGCAGUUCUGGGGCGGAGACGGAAUCAGGACACAGCUCGAGCCCACCCCGGGGCUCAUGAAGGGGGACAAGCUGGAGGAACAGGACCCUAAAGCUCUGCAGCCCAUGCCAGGGCUCAGGAAGGGGGACAAGCUGAAGGAGCAGGACUCUAGCCCUCCACAGCCCACCCCAAGGCCCAGGAAGGGGGACAAGCAUGAGGAGCAGGGGCUGGGCCCCGAACCGGCGGCGCCCCAGCAGCCCAUGGCAGAGGAGGAGGCCCUGAUCGAGUUCCACCGCUCCUACCGAGAGCUCUUCGAGUUCUUCUGCAACAACACCACCAUCCACGGCGCCAUCCGCCUGGUGUGCUCGCGGCACAACCGCAUGAAGACGGCCUUCUGGGCAGUGCUGUGGCUCUGCACCUUUGGUGUGAUGUACUGGCAAUUCGGCCUGCUGUUCGGAGAGUACUUCAGCUAUCCCGUGAGCCUCAACAUCAACCUCAACUCCGACAAGCUCGUCUUCCCCGCGGUCACCAUCUGCACCCUCAAUCCCUACAGGUACGCGGAGAUUAAAGAGGAGCUGGAGGAGCUGGACCGCAUCACCGAGCAGACGCUCUACGACCUGUACAAGUACAACUCCACCACCCUCGUGGCCCAUUCCCGCGGCCGUCGCGAACUUCGGGGUACUCUGCCGCACCCCCUGCAGCGCCUGAGGGUCCCGCCCCCGCCUCACGGGGCCCGUCGUGCACGUAGUGCGGCCUCCAGCGUUCGGGACAACAACCCCCAAGUGGACAGGAAGGACUGGAAGAUCGGCUUCCAGCUGUGCAACCAGAACAAAUCAGACUGCUUCUACCAGACGUACUCAUCAGGGGUGGAUGCAGUGAGGGAGUGGUACCGCUUCCACUACAUCAACAUCCUGUCGAGGCUGCCAGAGACUCUGCCAUCCCUGGAGGAGGACACGCUAGGCAACUUCAUCUUCGCCUGCCGCUUCAAUCAGGUCUCCUGCAACCAGGCGAAUUACUCUCACUUCCACCACCCAAUGUAUGGAAACUGCUAUACUUUCAAUGACAAGAACAACUCCAACCUCUGGAUGUCUUCCAUGCCUGGAAUCAACAAUGGUCUGUCCCUGAUGCUGCGCACGGAGCAGAAUGACUUCAUUCCCCUGCUGUCCACAGUGACUGGGGCCCGGGUAAUGGUGCAUGGGCAGGAUGAACCUGCCUUUAUGGAUGAUGGUGGCUUUAACUUGCGGCCUGGCGUGGAGACCUCCAUCAGCAUGAGGAAGGAAGCCCUGGACAGACUUGGGGGGGAUUAUGGCGACUGCACCAAGAAUGGCAGUGAUGUCCCUGUCAAGAACCUUUACCCUUCGAAGUACACGCAGCAGGUGUGUAUUCACUCCUGCUUCCAGGAGAGCAUGAUCAAAGCGUGUGGCUGUGCCUACAUCUUCUAUCCACGGCCCCAGAACGUGGAGUACUGUGACUACAAGAAGCACAGUUCCUGGGGCUACUGCUACUAUAAGCUCCAGGCUGACUUUUCCUCGGACCACCUGGGCUGUUUCACCAAGUGCCGGAAGCCAUGCAGUGUGACCAGCUACCAGCUCUCUGCUGGUUACUCACGAUGGCCCUCUGUGACAUCCCAGAAAUGGGUCUUCCAGAUGCUAUCCCUGCAGAACAAUUACACCAUCAGCAACAAGAGGAAUGGAGUGGCCAAAGUCAACAUCUUCUUCAAGGAGCUGAACUACAAAAGCAAUUCCGAGUCUCCCUCUGUCACGAUGGUCACCCUCCUGUCCAACCUGGGCAGCCAGUGGAGCCUGUGGUUUGGCUCCUCAGUGCUGUCUGUGGUGGAGAUGGCUGAGCUCAUCUUGGACCUGCUGGUCAUCACGUUCCUCAUGCUGCUCCGAAGGUUCCGAAGCCGAUACUGGUCUCCAGGCCGAGGGGGCAGGGGUGCUCAGGAGGUGGCCUCCACCCCGGCAUCCUCCCUCCCCUCCCACUUCUGCCCCCACCCCACGUCUCUGUCCUUGUCCCAGCCGGGUCUUGCUCCCUCCCCAGCCUUGACAGCCCCUCCCCCUGCCUAUGCCACCCUGGGUUCCUGCCCAUCUCCAGGGGGCACCACAGGGGCCAGCUCCUCUGCCUGUCCUCUGGGGGGGCCCUGAGAGAGGAGAGGUUCCUCUCACCGAGGCAGAUGCUCCCCUGGUGGGAGGGGCUGGCCUUGGCUGGACUAAAGGAGGAGCAGGGCUUCCACUCGGAGCCGCCCAGACUGUCUUUGAUGUGUGGAGGGGAAGGAGAUGGGUAAGGGCUUCAGGAAGUUACUCCAAGAACAGUGGCCAAUGAAGCUACCCAGAAAUGCCUUGGCUCCAGCUCCGUGCCCCUGGGAACUGCCUCUGAGCACUCUGGUUUCCCCACUCAACUGCAGACAAGACUCCUUUUCCCUUGAAUCAGCCAAGCCAAACUUGGAGCUUUGACAAGGAACUUUCCUAAGAAAUGACUGACGACCAGAACAAAACACAGCCAAGGGUACACGCGGGCAUGCAUGGGUUUCCUGCCCAGCGAUGGCUAAAGCCAGCCCCUGAUUGGCCUGGCCACACUGCUCUCUAGUGACACAGAUGUCUGCUCCUCCUCUUGAACUUGGGUGGAAAACCCCGCCCAAAAGCCUCCUUUGUUAUUUCUUAGGCAGUUCUCCUUCCCUCACUCCCCAGGCGAGGGCUGGAGCAGACCCAUGUAGUAAAGGUGGCCCCAAGGCUCCUCUAGCCUCAUAUGCAUGCCCUCACAGAGCCAUGCCCUGGUGUCUCUGCCCUGUGUCUUUCAUACUCAAGUCUGCUCAGGAUAUUUCCUCAGCCUGAAAGCUUCCCCAACCAUCUGCCAGAGAACUCCUAUGCAUCCCUCAGAACCCUGCUCAGACACCAUUACUUUUGUGAAGGCUUCCACCCCAUCUUGUCUUUCCCAGAAUUGAUCGCUGCCCCUUCUCCUGGGCUUCUGUAGCACGCUGUGUCAUGCUGGAGUGCUGCUGUUGUGUAACACUUGUGCAUUUGUGUCUGCCUCCCCAACAGACUGCCAGGGCCUUGUGGUCAGGGACUGAAUCUUGCCCAUUUACAUAUGCUCCACGUCUAGCCCAUCAUCCUGCUUGGAGCAAGUAGGCAGGUGCUCAAUAAAUGUUUGUUGCAU